AUGGUUUACGAAGAGAGAUUUAAUUAUCAACUAGGACCUAUUUCCGCGUGCAGCCGAACGUACCCCCGCGUGCAACUACCAGGCGGAUCGGUAGUGUCUGCGCGCGCGCGUGGUUCCGCUACUUUAGCGUGCUCAGUGCGAGGACGGCCCGCGCCUGACGUCACGUGGCUCAAAGAUGGCGAGCCGCUGUCGCUGAAUAGACACGAUAUCACGCUGGUUGACGGCACGUCGCUGCACAUCCAAGGCGUGUUAGCGGUGGACGCGGGAAUGUUCCAAUGCGUCGCGACCUCUUCCCUUGGACAAGCGCAGGCCAGUCUCCGGCUCGUCGUGCUACCUCCUGAUGACGGUAUCAAUUCACCAAAUUCCACAGCCGGGCUUAUAAACAGCAAAUCGUUCCUAAACUCCCUCGUGCCUACAUCGAUGACAUCACCAUCCCACACAAAACCCUCCUUUUCCAAUUCCACCCAAGACAUUUUCAAUAGUUUGGUUUCCUCGGGGCACUGGGGGGACCAAAGUGCAGACCCUACGCCUGAAGACUUGGACUUCCUCGGAGAAACCUCAUCAGCAUUCACUUCUGGGCCUGAACUGGAAUAUGACUAUAACUACGACGCAGAUCAAACUGACGAAAACGAUCUCGAUUCCUUUCACGCUAACGAAGGAUUGGACCUGGACCAGCUGCGGCACGCCAACGCGACUGUGAUCUCUCCGCCGAAGAACUUAAAGGCGGUUAUCGUGAAGCACCGAUUCGUCACGCUUAGCUGGGAGGAGCCUGAUACGAAGAAUGAAGAUAUAAGCGGUUACGCCGUCAUCUAUAAAGUCAAAGGGAGUGAAAGAGAGCGCGUGUCCCGCGGCGGCGCGCGGCACGAGAUGAAUGUAGCGGCGCUGCAGCCCAACACCACCUACACGUUUCAACUGCUGGCCUACACGCAGCACGCAUUCUCGCCGCCCACCAAGCCUCUAGAAAUAACAACGCCGGAAGAGGAGCUCUCCCACGGCGCGGUGCGUGAACUCCGCGUAGAACCGGCGUCGCCGCACGCGCUGCGGGUCACGUGGGCGCCGCCGCCGCCGCCGCCCGCCGGCGCGCCGCCGGACAAGUACCAGAUCACGUACACAGAGGUGGACAGCAACCGCGAACAAACCAUGUGGGUGGACGCUCCUUCAGACCCGGCGGCGCCGGUCAACGCCACCCUCGCCGGCCUGCGCGCCGCCGCCGCCUACACCGUGCGCGUCGCGGCCGCCGGCGGCGCGCCGACCGAGAGGCAAGCCCGGACGCCCAGUGCCGCGCCCGCCGCGCCGCCCGCCGGACUUACUGCUGUGCCUACCGGGGCUACGUGCUACGCUCAACACACACAUUCAUAUACUUUCAACGAAGCUAGGGCGGACACUCUAAACACUAUCGUGGAUAUGUGCGCCGCGCCGCCCGCCGACCUUAACGCUGUGCCUACUGGGGCUACGUCGAUCCUAGUCCGCUGGGAAGCGCCACCGGCCAAGACGCACCACGGAGCGCUAACCGGCUACAAGAUUCGCUACCGGGCCGUCGCCGCCGACUCCGCCGCGCCGACUGCCCGCCGGAAGGCCGACUCGCUCACCACGCCCGCCGACGCCCGGCGCGCCGAGCUGAGGGCGCUGCAGACCGCCACCACCUACCAGGUGAGGCUCGUGUCUCACAGGACCCACCGCAAGCCUCACAGGCUCCAAGCUGCGCUACCGGCCGGCCGGGCUGCUGUNACUGCCCGCCGCAAGGCCGACUCGCUCACCACGCCCGCCGACGCCCGGCGCGCCGAGCUGAGGGCGCUGCAGACCGCCACCACCUACCAGAUCCGCGUGUGCGCCAUCAACGUGAACGGCUCGGGCCCGUUCAGCGAGUGGGUGACGGCCACCACGCAGCGCCAGGAGCUCGACGAGACCCGCGUGCCGCCGCAGCCGCCGCCGCUCACCACGCGCGCGGGCCGCGACUGGAUCUCUGUGUGGUGGGCGGAGGGCGGCGGCGGCGGCGUGGCGGUCCGCGGCUGGUGGCUGGGCUGGGGCGCGGGCGUGCCCGACGACCACUCGCGCGAGUUGCCGGCGCAUCUACACUCCCACGUCAUACGGGGACUCGAAUCCAACGCGGAAUACGUGAUCUCUCUCCGCGGCAGCAACGCGCUAGGCCUGGGGCCAGCGGUGUACGCGACCGUACGCACGCGCGCGCCGCCCGAGGGGCAGGACGAGGACGACGACGAGGCGGACGACGAGGACGAGGACGACGAGCCCGACCCGCCCGACCUGCUGCCGCCUGUGGGACUCAAGGUGAUAAUGUUGAGUGGAACUACAGCUGUUGUGUACUGGACGGACCCCACAUUACCUAAAGGACAGACGGCGACGGACGGGCGCCGCUACGUGGUCCGCUGGGCGGCGGCGGGCGCGGGCGCGGGCCGCGCGCGCACCUACAACGCGUCCGACCUCAACUGCAUGCUCGACGACCUGCGGCCUAAUACGCACUACGAGUUCGCCGUCAAGCUCAUCAAAGGCGGGCGCGAGUCGCAGUGGUCGAUGAUCGUGUCCAACACAACACUAGAAGCGGUCCCGUCGUCUCCACCGCGGGACCUGCGCGUGUCGGCCGCCGCGCCGCCCGCGCGCGCCGUCGAGCUCGCCUGGGCGCCGCCCGCCCGCCCCAACGGAAUCAUCACCGGCUACGUAGUGAUGUACGCAGUGGCCCGCGGCGGCGGCGCCGAGGAGUGGACGGCGGUCAGCGUGGCGGGGACCGCCGGGCGCGCGCGCGUGGAGCGGCUGCGGCCGCGCACCGCCUNCCCUUAUAAAAGCUACUUAUAA